AUGACCAUCACUUAUCUAUUGAUCACACAUCUGUGUGUUGCAGACAUCUUUGGCUGUGUUUUAGACAUGCCUUUAAUUCUUGCCCAGUUUGUCUUCAACGUCCAGGGCAAAAUACUCCACGUAAUAAGUGAUAUAAACUUUGUGGUCUGCUCAGCAAUCAGUCUUCUUAACUGUCUGAUAAUCAAUCUGAUGUGUCUGAGUCGAAGAGACGCGUUCAAUAUACUCAGCGAUCCUGUACUAACAGUCCCAAAGCUGAAUAUCAUUUUGCCCGUCAUUUGGACGGUUUGCGUUAGUGUCAGCGUAUCAAUGGGAACAGCAGCCUUACUAUUCGGUCGUAAACAAUGGUACCUUCAAUCCCAUACAGACGUUAGGAACGUAGGAAAUUCUAUCAUCGACAUCGGAUCUGGGAUUAUUAGCGUCUUCUGUGUACUCGGCACCUUUUUAAAUAUGAUCACAUCCUUCUGUUUAGCGUUGAGAAAAAUCAAGGCUCACAAUGCCAUGCUACAGCGAAGCAUGAUCCAAUCUAGACUAGACUUAGAACGUAAAAUGAACCUUUCUGCUUUGAUCUUAACUUCAGCAUUUCUUGUUAGCUGGAUGCCCUGGUUGAUAGUACGAUCGCUUCAUUUAGUGACUGCAGAUGUACAAAGUGAUAUAGCAGCAAUAGUAACAGCCAUCAUUGGUAUUAAUCACUGUAUUAAUCCACUGGUUUAUGCUGGGACGAUUUCAGAGUUGCGUAGAGAGAUAGGAAAGUUUCUAAAGAAUUCCUUCAAAUAUCCGUGCAGUUGCUGGAGAAGGGUUGUCCGGCAGACUCGGAGAACAAGUGUCGUUUCAAGCAAAAGAAUGCAUCCAGAAAGCACACUACACGAACUCAGCAAUGUGACAACAACCAAGACGACCAAGACAUUAAAAUAG